AUGCUCUGUAUCCACUUUACUUUAGUGCUAGAACAGGAUCAAAUUUUGAAAAUAUGGUUUGCUAAACAAGAUGUACAGAAUCAGUUUGUGGCCAUUCACGAGCAGAAACGGCCUUUGGAUUCACUCCGCGACCAAACUGCUAAAUUAAAAACCAAACUGGAAACAUAUCAAAAGCUUUUAUUGAAAUAUUCAACUACUUCUCCCCAUCCAUCACAGCCAACAAACAUUACCUACACCAAGCUUCUUGAAACCGACUUUGAUCACUUGUUUUGGAAUGAUGGUCUCUUCACCGACAGACGCGAACCUUGGGCAAUCAAUGCUAAUACACAACAUGGAAUGCGUCAAAUUGCCUAUUACGAUCAAGCCAAAGAAGAAAUCCGCCGCUUGGGAUGGGAAGCUAGAAGAGUGAUGCGGUGGGACAUUGAUUCCCACAGGUUGCUUUCAACUUAUCUUUAUCAACUUCAAACACACAUUCUAGUUGAAGACGCACAGCCAAUUGAUCUGCCGUUGAUAAAUCAUCCAGCUUUGAGCUUGCUUAGUGGUCUGGGUAAGAUAUCAGCUGCAAGAAUGAUCAUAAAUCAAAAGCUAGUGCGGAUAUUCAAUUUACAAGCAGACUGGAAUACGGGUCUGAGAGAGAUUCUUCAUUGCACACCAUCGCAAGAAGGCGAUAACGAACUCAAGAUCUCAUGGUACAAUCAAAUUCAAAAAAUUCAAAACAUGUAUGUCAAGAAGAUGCUCUCAUUGAACACAGGUUUUGUAACUAUUUUGGAGGGGGUGGAGGAUGUUAUUCAGACGGAUAAUCAAGCAAAUAACAAUAUCCAAAUUGAUAGUGAGGGUAUUACUAAUACUGAUGGUGAUUCAAGUGAUGACUUGAGUGUUGAGGACAUUGAUCUGGAAUGGGAGGAUGUCCAUGAAGCAAUGAUGUGA